CCAGGAAUACGAAGGUUUAUCUGGGAGCACGCACAGGAUGUUCAUCGCGUCAUGCAUAGAAUUAAAUGUGCUGGGGGCACCUUCUCAGCAACCAAAGGACAAAUAUGCCGGCCUGAUGUGGUGAUUGUGGGACAAAGAUGUACUCCUGAAGGCCGACUGCCAGAAACCAAAAAAAUUGAUAAAAUUCUCAAUUGGCCAGUUCUGACAUCAGUCAAGGAUGUUCGUGGAUUUCUAGGCCUUUGUGGA